CUUUCUUAAAGAAAAUAACAAUGUGGCUCAGGUUAUUCGCUCUGUUGUGUUUGGCCGGCGUGGCCGUCGAGGGUCAGGUCAAGUGGUGGCAAUCGGCCACCCUGUACCAGGUGUACCCGCGCUCGCUCAAGGACACAAAUGGCGAUGGCGUGGGCGACAUCCGUGGCAUCAUCCAGGUGAUCCCGCACCUCGUCGAGGCCGGCAUCGACACCGUCUGGCUGUCGCCGAUCUACAAGUCGCCAAUGAAGGACUUUGGCUACGACAUCUCCGACUUCUACUCCGUUGACCCCAUCUUCGGCACCUGGGACGACUUCCUUGCGCUCGUCAGGUUUCUACGCGAUGCGGGUUUGAGGUUGGUGAUGGACAUGGUGCCAAACCACACGAGUGACGAGCACGACUGGUUUUUGCGCUCGGUGAACAGGGAAGACCCUUACACCGACUACUACAUCUGGAAGGACUCCCUCGGCGUGGACGCCAACGGCACUCAAAUUCCACCUAACAACUGGUUGAGCGCUUUCGCCGGAUCCGCGUGGCAGUGGAACGAGCAGCGACAGCAGUUCUAUUUGCACCAGUUCACCGCUGGACAGCCUGACCUGGACUACCGCAAUCCACUCGUCCUGCAGGAAAUGAAGAACGUGUUGAGGUUCUGGCUGGACAACGGCGUCGACGGCUUCCGCAUCGACGCACCACCACACAUAAUCGAGCACGCAGACUUCGCCGACGAGCCACCUACCAACGACCCUGAGUGCCCUGAGCAGCAGUUUUGCCAGCUGCAGCACAUCUACACAAUGAACCAGCCCGAGACCCUCGACGUCCUCAGAGAAUUCAGGAAAACCAUUGAUGAAUACCAAAAUGAAACCGGAAGAGUAAUUGUUCUUAUGAGCGAACCGUCGAAUCUGCACAAUUUCACGAUGACUUAUUACGGAACGGAGGCGGACCCUAUCAUGGAUUUCCCAUUCAAUUUCAAUUUUAUCUACGACUUGCCCGCUGAAACACUUGCGAUUGACAUCCAGAAUGCCAUCGAAAAGUGGAUUCUCGACAUGCCAGCUGGAAAGACUCCAAACUGGGUUACUGGAAACCACGACCAAAAGAGGACGAGGGCUCGUCAGGGCGCGGAGUUCGCCAUCGCGCUGAACAUGAUCAACCUGCUCUUACCCGGCGUCUCCGUCACCUACUACGGCGAAGAGAUCAACAUGGACAACACGUUCAUCACUUGGGAGCAGACCCAGGACCCUCAGGGCUGCAACGCGGGCCCUGACAAUUACUUCCGUUACUCAAGAGACCCAGAAAGGACGCCGUUCCAGUGGAAUGACCAGCUCAAUGCCGGAUUCACGAGCGGAGUUUCGACCUGGCUGCCAGUGAACGAGAACUACCUGGAGCUGAACCUGGAAGCGCAACGGGCGGCGGUGCGGAGCGAGUUCAAAAUCUACCAGGCGCUGACCGAAGCACGAAACACAGCGCCCGCCAUCAUACUCGGCAAUCUUAACUACGUCGCCGUCGACGAUUACGUGUUCGCCUUCACCAGGGAAAUCUCCGGCGCCGCUGACAACUACCUGGUGGUGGUCAAUACAGAAUAUGCCGACGCCAGGGUCAAUAUCAGGGCGGCACUGCCCCAGCUGCCCGAGAUCGGCUUUGCUUAUGUCACCAGCCUGGACUCGUUGAUCACCACGAAUGAUCCAGUGAUUCUGAGCGACUGUCAAAUCGUCGCGAGGGGAGGCCUCGUCAUUCUUUGGAAAUAAAUGUUUUGAGACGAGAAAUAAAAAUGCAAAACUCUAGA